AUGCUGAAACAACAACUGGCGCCCACAACAACAAUUCUCUCAGUGGGAAAGCCUUGGCUGGUGUUUACAAUGUUAUUGGCCAUCACGCUUCUCUUGUCAUCGAUGGUUUCCGCCCAAAACAUGGGAUGUUCUUCCGAUAAAGAUUGUCUCUCUGGAUACAAGUGCGUCAAAAUUUCAAAACCAUCGACCAUUGAAAAACAUUUAAAUUCUAAAGCAGACAAAAUUACUGAACUGAAAGACAAGCCAUUGAAUGCGAUUGUUUUGGAAGAGAAGGAGAGCUCAGAGUCGACUAUUGUUUUGGAUGAGGCCUCAUCUACUCAACAAGCUUCUACAACUAGCACUGCCGCUGCUACAACAUCAACCUCUCAACCAUCUGUCGAUAAAUUCAGUGGAGUGAAUAAUGAUGUUGGUAUUGGAAGUCAAAAUGCUGUUGCUGAACAUGAGGAGGAACGUGACGAAGAGGAAAAUGAAGACAAUGAUGAAAACGAGGACGAUGAAAAUGAGGAGGAUCAAGAAGAAGAUGAAGAAGAUGAAGAGGAGAAUGAAGAUAAUGAGGAUGAAGAGGACGAUGAGGAAGAAGAGUAA